AUGUUCGAUAUUGCCUCUCUUACUCGUGACCGUAAAGAGUUCCACCUAUUUCGGCCUUAUUUCUUUCACGAUUUAUCAUUUCUGUUCACUGAGGAUGUUGCAAGAGGCGAAGAGCUUGUGUUUGAAAUGCUUCAAAAGCUGGUAGGCACAGCAGUAAUUGACAUAAAGGAGAUCGAAGAACUGAGGUCCAUGUGUCCUGACCCUUACUUGCCAAAUAGGAUUUAUAGGUUGACCUGGCAAGUGAUCAAAGUAGCAGUUGGAAGACGACUAUGCAAUGAUUUGCAAGAACAACUGCGAGAUGAAAUUCGAAAAAAGAUCAAAGAG